UAGGAGAAGAGCGCGAACGCGAGCACGCGCAGACGUCGAGGUCGAGAGGGUCGAGGAGUACGGUAGCUCGGAGCUUCGUCGGAGAGCGACCCGCCACCGCCACGCUUGACCGCAAGCCGAGGAGGCCGGAGACACAGACGAUCGAUCCAUCGUCGGCGGUGCAGAUUCGGUAAUGGCGGAGACGGCGGACAUGGAGCGGAUCUUCAAGCGGUUCGACACCAAUGGCGACGGCAAGAUCUCGCUGUCGGAGCUGACGGACGCGCUGCGGCAGCUGGGGUCCACCUCCGCCGACGAGGUGCAGCGCAUGAUGGCCGAGAUCGACACCGACGGCGACGGCUGCAUCGACUUCAACGAGUUCAUCACCUUCUGCAACGCCAACCCGGGGCUCAUGAAGGACGUCGCCAAGGUCUUCUGAUGCAUGCAUCACAUAUCAUCAUCAAUUCGAUACCAACCAUCGAUGAUCCUGCUUACAUAUAUAUCUUUAUAAUAUCUACGUACCAUUCUCCAGCUUCAUCAACAUAUCAUUUCUGCUGGCCUGCCUAGCCGGUCUCUUAUAAGCACUAGCUAGUACUAGGAUUUUUUUUUAUUUUAAUUCUUCUUGAAUUCCAAUCCAAUCCAAUAUAUGUGGACUUCGUUUUAUUUCUUUUAUUUGUUUUUGCCUUGAUCUGAUAAGUGUACCUGAGCAGGCCAGGCCAGCUUUCUAUGUAAUUCAUUCACUGGAGACUAUUGGAGAAGCGAUCCAUGCAUCUCCUUAAUUUGUAAACAAAGUACUGUGCAUUUCAAUGGAAACUGAGUGAUUCUUUUCAGAA